ACACCCAGUGUAGAUGGACCAUCGGAUUCCUUGUAUCCUGAGGAACCUCAGACUGUGCGGGACCGGGCCGGCCUUCCAACAGGGAAGAGGUUCUCCUGUACUGAGUGCGGGAAAUGUUUCAGUUAUAAAUCCAGUCUUAAUGUGCACAAAAGAUCUCACGGGGGUGAGAAACCAUAUUCCUGUCCUGAGUGUGGGAAAAUGUUUUUCAAGGAAGUUCAUUCUUACACACCCAUCAGAGAUCUCACACAGGGGAGAAGCCGUAUUCCUGUCCUGAGUGCGGAUCAGCGAUAUCAUACAGGUGAGAAGCCAUAUUCCUGUCCUGAGUGCGGGAAGAAAUUUUUUUCUAAAUCUAGUCUUAAUAUGCAUAAAAGAUCUCACACGGGGGAGAAGCCGUAUUCUUGUCCUGAGUGUGGGAAAAGUUUUUCACAGAAGUCCGAUCUGCACAUACAUCAGAGAUCUCACACGGGGGAGAAGCCAUAUUCUUGUCCUGAGUGUGGGAAAUGUUUUUUAAUGAAGUCCCAUCUUUCCACACAUCAGAAAUCUCACACGGGGAAGAAGCCAUAUUCCUGUCCUGAGUGUGGGAAAUGUUUUUCAGAGAUGUUCAACUUUAUACACAUCAGAGAUCUCACCGGGAGAAGCCACUUUCCUGUCCUGAGUGAGGGAAAUGUUCCUCACUGA